CAUGAGGGAUACUCCAAAGUAGAGAAGAAGCCAAAAUAAUGUAACUGAUAAUAUAUGGUUAUGCAUCAGUCCAUAAGCCACAUAAACUUUAUAAUCUCUGAAGAGGCUAUAAAUACAUGAGCCUCUCCGAUCAGUUCAUCACACAGAAUUACAAGCGUGAAAACUCAGUUAAGCAGUUCACACACUCUAGCAAAAAUGAAGGGAUUAGUCAUCUCAGUGUUGGUAGUGGUAGCUCUGGUUCUAUUUAUGGUGAUGCCCGGAGAGGCAGUUGAUUGUGGGCAAGUAAGCUCGUGCUUGGCAUCUUGCAUUCCCUUCCUGACAGGAGGGGAAGCUUCUCCCUCGUCUCCAUGCUGUACAGGGAUCAAGAAUUUAGAGGCACUUGCUCCAACUACCGCCGAUAGGAGAGCUGCAUGUGAGCGUGUUAAGACAGCUGCUGCUCUCUACCCAAAUAUAAAGGAAGAUGCUGCCUCCUCCCUCCCUAAGAAGUGUGGGGUUGAGUUGAAUAUUCCCAUCUCCAAAACCACCGAUUGUCAGAGCAUCAACUAAGAUGAAGGCCAUCGCGGUGGGAACAGAGAAAUAAAGAUUUAGGAGAGUAUGAUAUUGGUUAUAUCUAAUUAAGUGUGAAUCUGCUACGUACUACACUUUCUUCUACUGAGAUUAUUGUAAUAAUAAAGUAAAACUUGAUU